AUGCGUUACUGCGAGCCUGACUCCCAAAAAUCCAAAGCACCAUUGCCAUGGAUUGGAAUGUAUGUUGCAGCAGCAUCUCUAAUUUGCUUCUUAGCAAUUGUUGCCGAUGCUUUCUCUGCGUUCCGAAACAAAAAAAUUUGGUUCCCGUGCAAAUUCUUUACUAUCAAUGCUGCUACGCUGACAUUAUUAGGUGUAUCAAUGAAGAUGCCACUGGAUGUGAGUAGCUACAUGAAUGGAGGAAGUGAUCAACUUGCAAAACUUAGUAGCACGGUCAUGAUGUGUAUUGCAAUAGGUAAUUUUAUGCCAUCUUUAGGCCCCAUGGAUGAUAAAGAUAUAUUCACCAACAUAAUAGCCUUAGGUAUUCUUAUAAUCACUGUGAUUGUGAAUGUCUGCAUCCAAUUAGUUACUUGUGCAAUUCCCAAUAUACUACUAGUAAAACAUGUUCUAGUUAAUUUUUUCAUGUUUCUGUUGUUGGUAAUAUCAACUUUCUCGGCGGUUACUGUUGCUACCACUAAAAAAUAUCUAGAAUUGAAGUAUGGUGAAAUACACAAAGAAUCAUUAAGAGAACAAAUUGGAAAGAAAAUUACAGUUGAAAAACUGAAAGAAAAUGUCAACAAGUACUGGAUGAUGGCAGAAACUGGGAGCCCUCAAUUUGUGAUGGCACGUUCUGUGACAUGCUCCGCUUCAGGGGUGAUAUGUCUUAUGACUGCUCUAAUUUUAGCACGAGUUGUGUACCUAGUGUCGGAUUUUGCUGCAACCUGGGAAUCAGAUUAUGCGUUGUCAACAUUUUUUAUUUUUGUAAUUCAGACUGCUACAGUGGGCGUGGGGAUUAUCGGUCCGGUAUGUAGAUGGUUCACUGCCAUAAAAUUAAAAUGCUCCAAGAAAAGUACCAAAGGCUUCAAAACUGAGCUCAAACUAGAGAGUUAUUGGAUUAAGAGGUUGGUAGAAUGGAAGAAGAGCUCCAUAGUUCUUCAAAUUCGUGGUCCGAAAUUGAGAAAACUUGUCCAGCGCACCAAAAAUCUAGUUUUGAACUUGUGUAUAAUGGUUCAAGUUAUGAUUGUGGUGACAAGCAAAUUAACUCUUCUCAUUCCCGUUGUUUUGGUUCGCCUGCUCAUGUCAUGUUACCGUUGUUGCUGCGAGUUGUUUAAGAAGCCUGUAUGUAACUCAACAUCCCUUAUGAAGUCGGAUAUUGGCGAUUAUGUUUUGCUUCUUGAAGGCGAAGAGAAACUUACUCAAAGUACCUUGAAGAACAUUAGUAAAGCAACAGAUCAUUUCAUCGUCAAGGCCAACAAACAACAGCCUAGAAAUUUAAUUAAGCUUCUUCAACAAAAAUCUACAGGCGGCUUCGAAUGCAUGUUAGACUUUCACAGCGACAAAGUUUCAUUAUUAGAUUCUCAAGAACCUCCUAAUUGCUGGGCUCUGCCAUUGGUGACUCUAACUUCCAUUGCCAUUGCAAUUUCCAAAAUCAAUGAUAACUUCGUUGACAGGCUUGUGCGCAGCGUAAGCGAAGGCCUCUCGUACGUCAGACAUGUUGACGAAACCAUGGAUACCGCAGGGAACCUCAUAAAUAGUAGAGAUGCAGCUGAUGAAGUGUGGUUAGGAGUCGAACUUGAGAGCAAGUGGCUUGAUGAAGAUCUCACCAAAAUAGCUUCCAAAGGUUGCAGAGAGACUUUUCAAAUACUCGCUGAUUGUGCUCAGAAAAUUGUUAUAAAAUACAAGGCAGAUAUCAACGGAAGGCCUGACGGGAACCGUACCAAUUGGCCCAUUAAGGUUAUAGCAGCUAAUUCCAUGUACAGAAUUUGCAAAUCUCUAUUGUUGAAUGAUGAAGGUAACAAUCAGCAGAUAAAUCAUGACAAAUUGUUCAUGAAAUUAUUUGACAUAAUGAUUGCAGGUAUACUGGGUGCUUGCCUUACCAACUUACCUAGUGUUAUAACUAUGAAGUAA